UGUGUGUGUGUGUGUGUGUGUUGUGCAUCAUAAUGAUACCCCUAGAAGGGCCAGCUCAAAAGGGCUUGUCUGUGGGUCUGACUGAUGCUCCCCAUUCGGCCAGUACUGGCAUCCACCGAGCCUUUGGUGAGAUCACCUCCCACCACUUUCUUCACCUCCAAGACCUCCCAGAUCUGGUACUACUCCUUCAGACUUUCCACACCGCCAAAGCUGAGAUGACAGCUGCCUCCGGCCUUCUCCCCAGAGGUAGCUCUAAAAGUUGAGGACACCUAGCUUUUCCUAAAGCCUAAAGUUGUCCACCCCACUCCCAGAACCUCCAAGGACUGGAAUUUCCAGUCCCUGCAGGAGCAGAGGUAGAGGGUAGCUUCGGUGGCUCACAUCUUCAGGUAAACAGCAGAGCACUGCCUAUGUUCAUUGGCCUGUUAAGCUUUGCAGGCGUUCUUAGUUUGGGUGCUGUAGACAGAGUCCCUGUACCCACCAGGGUGCGGGAAACGUGGGCCCAAUGCCGUUUCCGCCUUCAGGAGUCACAACCUUCGUGGGAGACCAAAUGAAAAACACCCGAAGCGAGGGGCACAUGAGGUAUUCCGUCCAGCCCAGCUUAUGGAAAAGAUGAAUGAUAUGGGACAUUUGGAUAAGACCAAGAUAUGUUCCCAGAAGUGAAGCCAGGAAACCAGGGUCUGUCUUGGGCCUUAAAAGAUGAGACAGACAGAGAGGGAAAGUGGAGGCAUUGCAAAAUGGCUGAAGAGCCUUAGACCAGGGAGUGAGUGGGGUGCGGGGAGCAUUGGAGGUUAACUGCUGGACCCAAGCAGGCUAUCCAUCCAGCUACCACCUUUAUUGUCUGCUGCUGCUGGAGUCCACCCCCCCCACCCCGACUACUGCCUCCCAUAGCGUCUUAACAAGGUGUUUUCUCUUGUCUUUCAUGGUGACAGGGGGCCACCUGAAAGGACAAUGACAGCUAGGCACACUAACAAGACCUGCAGGAAACUAAGAUACAGGCCAAAUAGACUGGGAGAGCAUUCCCUCUGGUCCUUAUCCUGUCCCAUGAAGACAUUCUGAAGGGCCAAAGGUUAGGGUCCCUCGGUGCAAUGGGUCUUGAGGUCUCAAAUUGUAAUGUGUUCCCACAAGUUCCCUCAGGCAUUGUCCCUCCCUCAGCAGCAGUCCCAGCUAGCCCAUAAACGUGACCCUUGGUUGUCCCAAAGCUCGUAGACUCCUCCUUCAGAAGGUGGGGACAGGGCGGGGCUUGUGGCAUGGGCGGGGCUUGGGCUCAACCUAGGGAUCUCAGGUUCUGCCCCCUCCUUUCUAUUCUUCCUUCCCUUCGGGGUUGGCCAGUUCUCUCCACGCUGUCCCAUUUGGGGUUUCCUCUUCUUCCUACCCCACACUCUUGCUUUCUCUUCGGUUCUGGGCGGACUUUACCAACACCAGUCUCUGGGUCUCCACGCCAAAGCCAUCAAGCCCUGUUUGCCUCACCCUUUCCUCCUACCCACCCAAGUACCCACCCUGGAUCCGCGCCAUUCCUCACAAUGUACUCCUCCUGUUCUCAUGAGCCCAAUCCAUGUCCCCCUUUCGGAAAUACUUCCCCUAUUGCCCUCACUUUCUCACACAGAGACAAACAAAGACUCACAAACCCAGAAAUAGACUCCCACAGAGCUCAAAGACACAGGCCGUGUCCUGCCCCGCACGCACGCGCGCAGGCUCGGCGGCUCUGGUGGAGGGAAGCACACAGACGGGGCGUUUUGACAAACACGCACAUAAACAUCCACACCCACAGCCUCUGCGCUGUGCCACAAAAGGGUGCAGACACACGGUGUGCGAGACAAGGGCACACACAUCGGCGGGCGCCCGGGAGCCCGCCUAGCCCGGCACACCCACCGCGGCUGGCCCUGGGACAGGAGCAAGGCCUGCUCCCGGCUCGGGCUCCCCCCAGAUUCCUUCCAGCAAAUGUUUCCCUACUUGGCCUGCCCGGUCCCUGGGGAAAGGGCCUCAGAAAUGCGGCAGGAGCCACUUGGGGGAAAAAAGUUGGAACUGCCUGUUCCCUGCCUGGCCAUGUCGGCGAAUUCCCUAACCGAGAAACUAUUUGUGGCGAGGGCAGAGUGACUGGCGAGCCCCUUGUCACCUCCCGUGGUGUUCCCUCCCCGUGCCGCCACCGAUGGGCCCCGGGCGGCCUGGGCUCAGCGCAGCUGCCCAUCGCGCAGCCUCCGGGCAGAUCGGCUCCUCUCGCCGCUUCUGUGCGCCGCUUGGACCACGCGGAGUGCUCGGGAGGGCCGCUCUGUCCCCGGCGCGUCGCAGGCAGACCCCGGGCCGCCGGACUAUUUCUGUCUUAUCAGUGCAGGAAUGCGGCAGCCGCGGCGGCGGCGGCGGCGGCGGCGGCGGCGGGCGGGCGGCGGCGGCGUGGGCCGUGGGCCGUCAGGGCAGCCCUGAAGGGGCCCCCUCCCCACUCCGCUCGAGUAGAAGUGUGAGAGAGCCCAGCAGGACUCAGAGGGGAGAG